AUGAACCGACCCGUUUAACAGAGAGCUCCAUCAAUCUCGAUUGAUCAUAAGAAUUGAAACUAUUAAUUGAAUAGAACAAAGAGAAUCUCUUUAUGUUGUAUUUCAGUAUAAAGUUUUCCUAAUUUAUGAAAGGCGAAUCAAUUUUAUAUAAUAGAGCAAGUAAGGAGAUUGAAGAUUUGAAUACCAGAUUUUGAGUUCGGGAAGAACCGCUAAUAAAUGUUAUACUUGUUCAAGCUUUUGAUUUUGGAGGUUCAAGUAUAGUAUAUUUCGUGGUGCACGUCUUUCAUAUGUAUUUUAUUUCAUGUUCUAGCAACCGAUCUCUGCAAGUUGUAACUGCUGGAUGCACGUCUGCUAUAUGGCAACAUUCAUGUAUUCCAUGUUCUACCAACCGCUUUGUGCAAGUUGCUAAGUAACUGCUACGGAGGCCGCGAAUCCAAUAGCUUCUUCAGUUCUCCCAUUGCGGCAACGUUCUGAAGUUUGGAGUGAUGUAUUCAAAAGCGGCAAAGUAAACCGAAUAGAGAUUUCAGCGUAAUCAAACCAUACACUUCGCACAAAUCAUUCAUCCCGGCCUUAACAGUGAAGAUACAGGAUCGCAAGGCCGACGAAGCCUCUGGCGAUAGGGGCUUGUUGAGAUCCGAUCCAUGUGGUAAAUCUUCAGCUAGCUAGCACAUUCUCUCUCUGAGUUUCGAUCUAACCUUUAAUUUCAUUAUGUUGUAUUCUUACUUUCCGUUGCCCGAUUAAAUGUUCUAUAUUAUUGAAUCACAUAAGCAAAGAGAAGCAACUUUAGGAUUUCAGUUUCAAGCAUAAGCAGGGUUUCCUUUCUACGAGAACUGACAUUUCUUCUUCUUAUUCGUCUACUCCUAAGCAUUUUAGAGGGCUUAUGCAAGUUGAUUUCCAUCCUCCUACUAGCAUCUGAAUAUUUGUUCUUCCGGGUUGCAACAGGUUAGGACUGGGAAUGAAGUUACUAUUUUUCCUAACCACCAGAUAUAAGUUGCUUCUAGUUAUAUUGGUAAAGCCAUGUGACUAUAGAAUAAUAGAAACUCACAUAAAUGAAAACUAUAGCAAUUAAGUAACAUAAGGUUACAUGGGAAAAUAGUUUAAGGAGGGUUUGAAAUGAAGUCACAACAAAGUAUCACUUCUUGUUUCCAACGAUGGACUAUAGAAAGCAUUCACGCAAGUGACGCUAAAAAAGAUGCAUCUUUUUCAUGGAGCUGUUAGUGUCAGUAAAAUGAAAUAAAGAAUGGCAUUAUCAUUGUGCAAUUAUUGUUUUUUAUAUAACAGAUAGGUUUCCUUCAAAAUUGCCAUUUAAUAGACUGAGUCAAUGUUCAGAUCUUAGAUAAUCAACUUACCAUGAAGUGUGCAGCUAAAAUGACUGCUGUUUGUGGUACCUUUUGUAAUGAAUUUUUAUAAAGGGAUGACUCACUGGGCGAUUGAUAAUUGGACUGUAUACGCAAGCGAUUGAUAAUUGGACUGUAUACGCAAGGAUUUGAUUUAUACCAUGGACCAUACUUGCCAUGACUUUGACUCGGUUUUUCAUUAUAGAGUGGUGGUGCAACUGUGCAAGGUGGAGGAUCCCUAUUUGAUAAGGAUAAAAUGCGACCUCAUUGUCGAUGCCUUUGGCAUCCUUUUAGGUGUUGCUCCUUGAAGUUUGUGUUUGGCACAUGUAAGAAGCCAGAUGCCUCUGGCUACUUGUUGAUACCAUACGUUUUUUUAUAAUGGGCCAAUCCUUAAGAUGUUCCCUUUUUAAGCUGAACUGAAAUCUCAAUACCUGAUGGUAAUGUUAACAUCACCAUGCAGAAAGACAUUCCCUAAAGUUGAGGCUUGUGGAUAACACACGGCUUCUCCAACAUGCAUAUAUAGUUUAUUCUCUUUUUCUUCAAUCUCUCUAUCUUUUUGUCUUAGAGGAAAUGAAACUUUAAAAUUUUAAACAUCAGUAAAAUUAGUUGUAAUUAUCAGAGAUGGACUUAUCAUUAAUUGGUUGAUUCUAUACUUUGUAAGGUUCAUAAGAGGCUUUGCAUGUAUGAAUUUUGCAUACAAUUUUAUUCUGGAAAUUUUUGCAGCUAUAUGGAUAGCUUUUCAAAGUGAAAGUUUUGAGUGACUUACUGAGUUGUAAGAGAUGAGAUAAUACUGGGAUUCUAUUGGAUUUUAGUGUUUUGCUUUUAGAUGGAAUUUUGCCUUUUGAAUUUCUUGUGGCUAGUUUUACCAUUUCUCAGUGGAACUAUUUUUGCAUAUUUAACAGCUUUUUAUGAUGUGAAAUAUCUUGUGAUGUGAGAAUGAGUUUAUUUAUUUGUAUUAUUGGCUCAAGCAUCUGAAAUCUAGGCCGCUCUGCAAUGUUCUGAAGUGCUCUCUGUAAAAGCAUUUCAUGGUUCGGCUGUCCCACUGGAGUGGUAGAAGUUAUUCCCUUUGUCAGCGUUUAUCUUUUUCUGAUUCUUCUCCAUAAAGUUUGAAAGAUAUUAUUUAGUGCUUGACAUAUAAGGUUUAUCUCCAACCUCAUUCUCUUUCCAUGAAUGACUUUUGACUCUGUUCUCAAAAAUUGACUCUUGUGAAUGGCGACAAACCAAUUAUUCAUGCAAUCCUUUUAAACCCCAAGCGCCAUUUCCACCAAUUUACAACACCCUUCAGCACCAUGGUCUCCACCACUACCACCACCACAGACAACACUCAAGAAUUCCACCAAGCUACAGAAUUCCUCCCUGAAAACGUCUCCCUCUCAUUGCCAACCCAUGAUGGACUAGAAUUCUGGCAAUUCAUGGUUGCAGGUUCCAUUGCUGGCUCUGUGGAGCACAUGGCGAUGUUUCCUGUAGACACCUUGAAGACCCGCAUGCAGGCUGUUGGUUCUUUGGCAUCCAAAGCUGCAGCUAUAUCUCUCAGGCAAUCCCUUGGCUCAAUCAUGAAGGUAGAAGGACUAGCAGGACUCUAUCGUGGGAUUGCUGCAAUGGGUCUGGGAGCUGGACCAGCUCAUGCAGUGUAUUUCUCUGUUUAUGAAGUAUGCAAGAAGUCUUUAUCUGGAGGAAAUCCAAAAAACUCAACAGCACAUGCACUUUCUGGUGUUUUUGCUACUGUUGCCAGUGAUGCAGUGAUAACCCCAAUGGAUGUAGUAAAGCAGAGGCUGCAGUUAAAGAGUAGUCCAUAUAAAGGAGUGAUGGAUUGUGUGAAGAAAGUGGCGAUGGAAGAAGGGAUUGGGGCUUUUUAUGUGAGUUAUCGCACUACGGUGGUGAUGAAUGCACCUUUCACAGCUGUUCAUUUCGCAACAUAUGAAGCUGCCAAGAGGGGUGGGAUGGAAGUGUUGCCAGAAAUUGCAGGCGAUGAGGAGACUCUGAUAGUGCAUGCCACUGCUGGUGCUGCAGCAGGGGCUCUGGCUGCGGCUGUUACUACUCCUCUUGAUGUUGUCAAGACUCGGUUGCAGUGCCAGGGUGUAUGCGGAUGUGAUCGAUUUUCAAGUGGCUCAAUUGGCGACGUGAUUCAAGCAAUAGUGAAGAAGGAUGGGUAUGGAGGACUAAUGAGGGGUUGGAUUCCCAGAAUCCUGUUCCAUGCCCCUGCUGCUGCAAUCUGCUGGUCUACAUAUGAAGCAGCAAAAGAGUUUUUCCAGCAGCUCAAUGAUAAGAAUAGUUCAGUAGACUGAUGAUUUCUCAGCAUUUAGCUCAAUACUCUGUUUUGAGCAACUGGAAUAGCAUAGCCUCUGCAUUACUAUUGUGGCCUUUUAAAUAACACAGCACAUACAUGAACUAAACAAAGCCAUUAUUGCUGAUUGUAAUGGUUUCUGGAUACUUGUAUAUUGCUGUAUAAUUCAAGUGGAUCGAGGUGUUGAUAAAUAAACUCCCUUUUCAGAGCAAAA